AUGCAUGUGGAGAGCUCAUCGGAGCCGGGCAAAGCACCCAAACAUGCCGGGCAGAAGAAAACCUACCGAGCGAUUGCAGAGACCUAUGCUUUUCUCCCGAGAGAAGCUGUGACCAGGUUCCUGAUGAGUUGCACCGAGUGCCAGAAGAGGAUGCAUUUCAACUCCAACGGACUGGAGCCCAAAGAGAGUGAACCACCUUCCUCUUUGGUUUCUGGGAUCAUUGACUACAACAUGCCCCUCACCUCUACUUAUUUGAAGCAAAUGAAGCUGCGGGUAAUGAAUUCACAGGAACAGGAUGAGACAUCGGUGAGCAGCGAGGACUUUGAUAUGAACGACUCCACAUGGAUCUCAGCUGACCAGCACCUGAACUCCAGCCUGAGCCCCAGCCAGGACGAGAGCAUGCGCAGCCCACAGAACCUGCACGGCCACGAGGACGAUGACUCCUCGUCAGAGAGCUGCAGCGGGAAUGGCUCCUCCACCCUGAACCCCUCCACCUCCAGCAGCACGCAGGGCGACAGCGCCUUUCCCGAAAUGAACGGAAAUGGCACGGCGGCCCCCAUGGACUUCACCACCUCCGCCGAUGACCAGCCCAUCAACCUCUGCGACAAGCUCGCGCCUGCCCACGUCACCCCUUCCUACCAGUCGGACAGCUGCAGCGCUGACGGGCUGCGCAGCAGGGUCAAGUACGCGGUGAAGACAACGGCAGAGUCCCCUCCAUACAGCUCCGGCAGCUAUGACUCCAUCAAGACAGAGGUCAGCGGCUGCCCCGAGGACCUGACCGUUGGCAGGGCCCCCACGGCCGAUGAAGAUGAUGAUGACCAUGAUGACCACGAAGACAACGAUAAGAUAAAUGACUCGGAGGGGAUGGACCCAGAGAGGCUAAAGGCCUUCAAUAUGUUCGUGCGCCUUUUCGUGGACGAGAACCUGGACCGGAUGGUUCCCAUCUCCAAGCAGCCCAAGGAGAAGAUCCAGGCCAUCAUCGAGUCCUGCAGCCGGCAGUUUCCCGAGUUCCAGGAGCGGGCACGCAAGCGUAUCCGCACCUACCUCAAGUCCUGCCGCCGCAUGAAGAAGAACGGGAUGGAGAUGACCAGGCCCACGCCGCCGCACCUGACCUCAGCCAUGGCAGAGAACAUCCUGGCCGCCGCCUGCGAGAGCGAAACGCGGAAAGCAGCCAAGAGGAUGCGGCUGGAGAUCUACCAGACCUCCCAGGAUGAACCAAUUGCUCUAGACAAGCAACACUCCAGAGACUCCACAGCCAUCACCCACUCCUCCUAUUCACUGCCAGCUUCAUCUUACUCCCAAGACCCAGUCUACAUCAAUGGAAGCCUGAACUACAGCUACCGUGGCUACGGGUCCCUGGGGGGCACACUGAUUAGCCUGGCAUGGAAGUCCUCUGCUGGUCCGACCGAUCUCAGCAUGAAAGGUGGGGCCUCCAGCACGGCCCCCUCCAACAGCACCAGCAGGGGAAUGCAGGCUGCCCAGCUCAGCCCCACGGAGAUCAGCGCAGUGCGGCAGCUGAUCGCCGGCUACCGAGAGUCGGCGGCGUUUCUGCUUCGAUCUGCAGACGAACUGGAAAACCUCAUUUUACAGCAGAACUGACUCCCUGUGUCUGCAUCGCUCCUCUGUCGAGAAGACAAUUUAUACCUGCUAGAAAGAGGCUCCCAGCGGUGUCCUGCUCAGGACCACCAUCGUCCUCCCGUGAAGCGGCGGGUACAUGUAGUUUUAGAAGGUGGAAUCCAAAAGACCUGUUUUCUUUUACACUCCAAGCACCUGGGACUUCAGGCACAAGGACACAUUUUUGAACCGUACCAACACCUGUGCGUCCAGCCGACCAGAAGCCAAACCUGUGGCUUGGAAGGAUGUGGGACUUUCAAGGGCAGAAGGGAGCCUGGGGAGGUUUGGGGCUGCAGAUGUAUUUAGAAUAACCUUUGUGGACCCAAAUGUUAGAUACCCAUCCCCAGAUAAUUUCCAAGUCUUAGGUGAGCUGAAUCACAUAUUUAUUGAGAAAUGGACCCUCCUCUCCCCUUAGUAAUUUAUUUUUCUGAAAAUGGAUUCUUUUGAGUUUGUACAGAUUGCCAGUUUUUUGUCUGUCUGAUCAGAAGGAAUUUAUUCCUGUGAAAUAACACAUUCCAUAUCACUACACUACUAAUUUCCAGGCAGCUCUGCCUGUUUCUCUGGGGAGCCCUUGUCCCACAGGGAGCAAGUUUGCCAUUCAGCCGGUCCCAUAGCAGCAGUGGGGUCUAAAUCUCCCGCAGAGACUCGGCAAGCUCGGCAGACCUCCAGCUAGAAGGACGUCUCGCACUCAUUUAAGUCAUUGCAGAUA